GAUUUUUUUUUGACAGCAAAACACUGAAAAUGUCUAUUUUAGGGCUUAAAAAGAAACAGCCAAAGACUUUCAAAGUCAAAGUUAUCACCAUGGAUGCUGAGAUGGAGUUCAGCUGUGAGGUGAAGUGGAAAGGCAAAGACCUUUUUGACUUGGUGUGUCGCACUGUUGGUCUGAGGGAGACCUGGUUCUUUGGACUCAGGUACACAGUGAAGGACACCUACGCUUGGCUGAAACCAGAGAAACGGGUCUUGGAUCAGGAGGUUCCCAAGGACUCUCCCAUAACAUUUCAUUUCCUGGCAAAAUUUUUCCCAGAAAAAGUAGAAGAAGAGCUUGUCCAAGAAAUAACUCAACACCUCUUCUUCUUACAGGUGAAAAAACAGAUAUUAGAUGAAGAGAUAUUCUGUUCCCCAGAAGCAUCUGUUCUGUUGGCAUCGUAUGCGGUCCAAGCCAAGUAUGGGGACUACGACCCAAAUUUUCACAAGCCCGGUUUCUUGGCCCAAGAUGAGCUUUUGCCAAAAAGGGUAUUAAUGCAAUACCAAAUGACAGCUGACAUGUGGGAGGAGAAGAUUACAGCUUGGUAUGCAGAGCACAGAGGCAUUGCCAGGGAUGAGGCUGAGAUGGAAUAUCUCAAAAUCGCUCAGGACCUUGAGAUGUACGGGGUCAGCUACUUUGCCAUCACUCAAAAUAAGAGGGACACAGACCUGUUGCUUGGAGUAGAUGCCCAGGGCCUUCACAUCUACAGUCCCAACAGUAAACUCAACCCUAACAAGUCCUUCCCUUGGAGCGGCAUCCGCAACAUCUCUUACAGCGAAAAAGAGUUCACAAUCAAACCCCUCGACAAGAAGAAAGAUGUUUUCAAGUUCUACUCUUCUCAACUGCGUGUCAACAAACUGAUCCUGCAGUUGUGCAUCGGUAAUCAUGAUCUGUUCAUGAGGAGGAGGAAGGUUGACUCAAUCGAAGUGCAGCAGAUGAAGGCUCAAGCCAAAGAGGAGAAGGCUCGGAAGAAGAUGGAACGGCAGAUCCUGGCACGGGAAAAACAGAUGAGGGAGGAAGCAGAACGAGCAAAAGAAGAGAUGGAACGACGACUCUUCCAGCUGCAAGACGAGGCACGACUGGCCAAUGAAGCACUGCUGCGAUCCGAGGAGACAGCGGACCUCCUGGCAGAGAAGGCUCAGAUCGCAGAGGAGGAGGCCAAGCUGUUGGCCCACAAAGCUGCAGAAGCUGAGCAGGAGAGGCAGAGGUUAGAGGUCACCGCCAUGAAAACCAAGGAGGAGAAGAGGCUGAUGGAGCAGAAGAUGAGGGAGGCAGAGCAGCUGGCUGUCAAGCUGGUUGAGCAGUCCGAGAGGAGGUUAAAGGAGGCAGAUCACCUGAAACAGGACCUGACUGAGGCAAAGGAUGCUGAGCGGAGAGCCAAGCAGAAACUGCUGGAGAUCACCAAAACAACAUACCCUCUCAUAGCAGCCUACUCUACGCCCCCUGCUCCCCCCGCUGCACCUGAAGCAGUCGACUGUGCCUAUGAAUCUGCAUCGUCACGCCUCGACUUUAAGGACUCUGACAUGAAGAGGCUGUCUAUGGAGAUUGAGAGAGAGAGGCUGGAGUACAUGGAAAAGAGUAAACACCUGCAGGAUCAGCUGAAGGAGCUGAAGACAGAGAUCGAGUCUCUGAAGCUGGAGGAGCAGCAGCAGCAGCAGGCCGGCCUCUACAACCACCGCAGUGAGGCGAGGGGAUACGUCCAGGAGCCUCCUGUCUACCUACCUCACAGCAAUCGCAACUCUGCAUACAUGUCUCAAAUGGCCUACUUUGAAGAAGUUUGAAUCUAAUCCUGCAAAAUGAGGGAGGACGACACUAGCUGUUGAGGCUCAGUGCUAUCUCUAAAUGUAUGGUAAAUUGACUUAACGUACAGACACAUACAUACACCAUGACUAUGUGCUUUGGAAAGACUUUGAAAUCCCCCUAAACAACAAACAGCUACUGCUGUUUUUACAGGCUGUCCUACUUCUUGCUUCCACCUGUUGCACUUCAGCACCCACAGCUCUGAAGCAGAGUCUUUAUGAAUAUGGAACAUACACGUGCGUGACACUGGUUCAUGUUUUGGGGCUGAGGAUGGAUGUAUGAGCAAGUUCUGAUUUGCAGAUAGUGUUUUUUUCUGGUUUUCAGGGAUACACAGCGGAGAAUCAUAAUGACAAAUAACACAUGAGUACCUUCAAAACAUUUUGGAAAGGACUGGAGUUAAAAUGUGUCAGAGACAGGUUUAAGGUGAAUUUCCUGUGUUAGAUGAAAUCCUGUAAUUUAAGUAAUUUCUUAAAAGAAAAAAGAAAGAUUUGGCUCAUUUUCGUUCACAGCAGAAAAGGGAUUCUGAAACGUGGCUUUUAAAAAGAAUACCUCAGAGAUAACCAAAUGCCACAGUUUUUAUACACUACCAAGCUAUUGUUGUAUUAGAUCUAAACAGAAAACAACAACCUAAAAUAACUCCUGAUGGAUGAAAUGUAGUUUGAAAAUGAUCAUCGUUAACUUGCUUAUAAAACUUCUUUGUAAAAGUGAGAAUUGCAAAUUUAGCAGACUUGUGCAGGGAAAGUGUCAAGAUGUGACACCAUAAACAUUUCAAAUGCAGUGUUUUUCUUUGUUUCUCAUGUGUAUUUGCUUUUUUUUCUGUUACUUGGUCCAUACAUGCCUUUACUGACAUCCACCGAGUGCCUUUUUUUAGUUUUUAGUGCCUCAUUAUGAUGGUUACAAAGUCAACCAUUUCAACCUUUUUGUGUUUUGUGCUCUUGACUGUUUAGUGCCUUAACUUUAUUUUGGUAAGAUUUGAGUUACUUGGGUUUGAACUUGUAUCACGUUGUUAUUUUACCUAGUCUUAGAGUUACUUUAAUUUUGGGAUUGUUGUCAUAUCCAGACUGAUUUAAAGAAAUAGCAGCUUGAUGGCUUUCUUUUGUGCUUUUUUUUUAUCCUCAGCUUAUGUCCUUCUCAGGGUGUUGGCGACAAUCACUGCAGCUUGAGUCUCUGUGUGUGUUUCCCCCUUUAAUUAUCAGCUCGAUGUUUACUUUUAAAGGGUUAUUUUAAAGCUCAGUAGUAAAUCAUGUAUUAAAGUCAGUACAUGCACUUCAUUUCACAAACACAGCCAUUGGUAAACCUGAGUAAACAUUGAAUCUGGACACUCCUCAUUAGAUCCUACAAAAAGGGAGAGACUGGAGGCCAGAUGUCCAGCCAGCCAUCCAACAUUUCUUUAUUUAAUCUUUAUUUUACCAGGAAAAUAUUCUGACACAAAAUAUAAGAUCUCUUUUUCAAGAGAAUCCUGGCCAAGACAGCAGCAUAAAAGUUUCAAAGAGAGCAAAGACAGACAUGUUUGCUUAUUUGGAUCGGUGUGUUGUAUGUACUUCAUUAUGAACUGAACAUUGAUUUUCUUUUUGGUUAGAAUUGAGUGAGGGUCAAACCUUGGUCUUGUGUAAAUGAGAUUUUGUUAUAAA